AUGGAGUUUGUGAAGGUUGCUAAUGGCGGCACCUUUCAUUCUUCGUUGUAUAACAGAAUUAUCAGUAGUAUUAUUCACUCUGCUAGUUCUGCUGAAUUUUUGAUUGAUUUACUAACAUCAAAGUAUUUCAAGUAUAUUGAUGUCAGUUAUUUUACAUUCAUAAGUCUAGAAAAGCUAGCUAGAAAUUUGCAGGGGAAAGAUGUUUCAGGGGAACCUAUCUCGGUGCUUGAUGGAGUUCUUGUUGCUAUCAAGGAUGAAAUAGACUGUUUACCAUAUCCUACGACAGGAGGUACAAAGUGGCUGCACAAACAAAGGCCUUGUCUGAAUGACGCUUGCUGUGUUAAGCGUUUAAGAUUAUGCGGCACCAUACUUGUUGGAAAGACUAAUAUGCAUGAACUUGGCGCGGGAACUAGCGGUAUAAAUCCACAUUACGGGGCUUCUAGAAAUCCUUAUGAUGUCAAUAGGAUAGCAGGAGGUUCUUCUAGUGGAUCUUCAUCGGUGGUAUCCGCAGGUUUGUGUCCUAUUGCUCUUGGUGUCGAUGGGGGAGGUUCUGUAAGGAUGCCUGCAGCACUUUGUGGUGUAGUUGGUCUUAAACCGACUUUUGGUCGUAUACCUCAUGACGGAGUUCUUCCUCUAAACUGGACAGUUGGAAUGGUUGGAAUACUCGCAGGCACGGUCGAGGAUUCAUUGAUCGCAUUGAAACACAAACAGUGUCAACACAGACGCAUCAAUAUCAACGAAAACAUAAUUUCAAACAGAGAAAAUCCAGUCAAGCCCGAAAUUUUGCAGAGGAGUAUACCCGGAUCCCGUCGAAGUCGAAAUCCUAUCGAACUAGCUUCGGUUCUGACAUGGCUUCCACUCGCAGAAAUGCCAUCCGAAUCAGCUUCGUAA